UGUAAUGUGGUAAUCACGCCCUGUUUGUUUCCCUGUUGAGUCGUGCGUGACGAGCAUCUUCCGCUCGAGCUCGUGAUCGGCGCUUGUGUCGGAGAUGAUUUAAAGAGCGGAUCGGUGUCGGGUGAAGAUGCCGGGGUGCUGCGGGCGCUGGCGGCGCUGGAUUCGGCCGCUGGUCGCGCUCCUGUUCGCGCUGGUGCUCGCGGUGGCACUGCCGCUGUGCGUGUGGGAGUUGCGGAGAGCCGAGGUGGGCACACACACUAAAGCAUGGUUCAUCGCAGGUGUGUUUGUCUGUAUGACGAUCCCCAUUUCACUGUGGGGUAUUUUACAACAUCUGGUUCACUACACACAGCCUGAGCUACAAAAACCCAUCAUCAGGAUUCUCUGGAUGGUUCCCAUAUACAGCUUAGACAGCUGGAUCGCUCUAAAAUACCCCAAGAUCGCGAUCUAUGUGGACACGUGUCGAGAAUGCUACGAGGCGUACGUCAUCUACAACUUCCUGAUGUUCCUGCUGAACUUCCUGGAGAAUCAGUAUCCCAGUCUGGUGCUGGUGCUGGAGGUGCAGGAGGAGAGACCGCUGCUGCCACCCUUCUGCUGCUGCCCGCCGUGGGCCAUGGGCGAGGUUCUGUUGUUCAGAUGUAAGCUUGGAGUUCUGCAGUAUACAGCAGUGAGACCUGUGACCACCAUCAUCGCACUUGUGUGUCAGCUCUGUGGAGUUUAUGAUGAAGGGAAUUUCAGCUUCAGAAACGCGUGGACGUACCUCGUUAUCGUCAACAACGCCUCACAGCUGUUCGCGAUGUACUGCCUGCUGCUGUUCUACCGAACGCUGAGAGAAGAGCUGAAGCCUCUGAGGCCCGUCGGGAAGCUGCUGUGCGUCAAACUCGUCGUCUUCGUUUCCUUUUGGCAGGCUGUGCUGAUCGCUCUGCUGGUGAAGGUCGGAGUCAUUUCAGACAAACACACUUGGGAGUGGGAUAGUGUGGAAGCAGUAGCCACUGGACUACAGGACUUCAUUAUCUGUAUCGAGAUGUUUCUGGCAGCGAUCGCUCAUCAUUACAGUUUCAGCAGCCGUCCAUACGUGCGUGAGGAUGACGAGGGCUCGUGUUUCGACUCGCUGCUCGCCAUGCUGGAUGUCUCGGACAUACGCGCGGACAUCUCAGAGCAAGUGCGCAACGUUGGACGUACUGUGUUAGGUCGUCCCCGUAAGCUGUUCUUCGGCUCUGAAGUGGAUGUCGUUCAGGGUGAACACACCGGUCUGCUCGCCGGGACGUCCCAUGAGCGGCUCGCCAGCGACCGUCACUCAGUCCCCGCCUCCCCACAGGGGCGAUACCAGGGGCUGGGCUACACAGACACACCCCACUCUAUCUCCGCCCCCGCUGGCUUCACGUCCUCCUCCUGGGAGAGUGACAGCGACUCUGGGCCUGCAAUAGCCAAUCAGAGCACAGGAACAGAGUCCUAGCAAAGGGUGGGGUGAGCUAUGGGAAAACAAAGACAGUGCUUCAGCUUGGCAAGGUAACAUAGUUUAAGAUUUUCAUCUAAUAUUUUAUUUUAUUUUAUCUUUAUUUUAAUUAACAAAAAUGGUUUAAUACUUUUAGUUAAGGAUAAUAACCCUGACUGGAACCCUGUAUUAAUUAUAUUGCCAUAAAAGUGUCAGAAACCAUAAAUCCCAGAGACUCAAACUUGGUGAGAAACUUAGAAAUUCCACCAACCUUCCAACACUAGGUGGCACUAGUGUAAUUUUUGUUGUUUUCCAAAUCUUGCGCCAAAAAUGUGUGUGAAAGGUCUAAUAUCAUACAUGAGAUCUGUUUUUAAUGUGCAAGUAUUGUAAAUCGUGAGCUGUUUUAAAUCGAUUAAGAUGUGCUGGUCUGACUCCUGUGAAAAUAAUAUAUUGCAAAUGUGGCAUUAACUAAUGUUUUAUCAAUAUAUGUACAAAAUAAAAUCUCUAUUUACUAAUUA